CUGGGCUGCGGUCCUUGCCGCUUAACCGCCAACCACCAACCACCAACCGCCAACCUCCACAUCUUGCCAUAGUCAUCCUGGCCACCAAAGUUGGGCUUUUCAUUUCUUAAUUCGUAGCUGAACUUCUUCCGCUCGUUUACUCUCCUCUCCCUCUAUCCUCCUUUCCUCAUCCAUGUCACGACGACAAGACCAUGUUAUCGGCAGGUUGCUAGACCAAAGAGCCUCUCAAUGGCCAUCUAAAAUGUUGUUACACUAGCCUCGACUCUAGCGACCCCAGUUCCCUUCAUACUGGCCUUGGGAGUUGAUUCCCUUGAGUCACAUGCUCUUCACAACAACAUGGCGACGACUGCCACCACCGCUUCCCAAACAGGCCUGCUGAACCUUGAGAAAGAGCUUGUGUGUUUCAUUUGCACCGAGCUUCUCUACCAGCCGCUGACCUUGAUCGACUGCUUACACUCAUUCUGUGGCUCCUGUCUUAAGGAAUGGUUUUCUCACCAAUAUCGCAAAGCAGCCCACUCGCAUUCUUCGUCCUCUGCCAGCCCUUAUACCUGCCCAACAUGUCGAGCCCCAGUCAAAGAUGCUCAGCACAAUGCCAUGAUAAACACCCUGCUCGACAUGUUUCUGGCCGCCAACCCAAGCAAAGCAAGAUCGGAGCAAGAAAAGGCAGAGAUGGCUCAAGGUUAUAACCCCACCGACAAUAUCAUGCCCAAAGUCGAGAGUCACCGCCGCCGCGAGCGUCGCCGUCGAGAGGAGGAAGAAAUCGCCGCUAGAGAGAGGCGGACUGCCAACGAUGCCAUCAGAGAACGCGCUGCUCAUUCUCAACUUCUUGACCCUGAGGCAAGCGCCUCCAGAGGCAGUCGAGCCAGCCAGUCGAGGAGUCGAGACCGCCGAGAUCGCAGAGACAGGUCUGAGAAUUCUAGAGAUCCCGACCGCAGACAGACUAGGAACGACAUCUCGGAUUCAGAAGCACUCCCAGCCCAUCCUCCCUCUGCUCGCUCGUCAGAUUCCUUCGACCAAACUUCUUUGUCGCCACCUCCCACCUCUCCUCGCCACCCGGAUGCUGUUGAAGCACGUCAGAGGGGCGUGCGCACUGUCGCCCACCAAGCUAGCUUGCGCUCAAUUGUCAGCGCCUCAGAGAGUGGAACCGGUACUGGCGACAGCCUUAGUGAGGCACAACUGAUGCAGGAUAUCAUAGCAGAAGGCCUUCUGGACGGUAUCAACGUCGACGAAUUGACCGAGGAACAACAGGACGAACUCAGCGAACGUAUCGCCGAACGAUAUAGACAACUGCACCCUGAAAGGGUUCGCCGCCGUCUGAGCAACGAACGGCGAGCUGAAGCGAGACACAACAGCCUCCCCACCCGUCCAGCAGUGAGACAUCAAGACGCCGCUGUCGAUGAGUCUAAUUCUGGUCCCAGACAGGCGUCGAGAAAUUCCGCCCGGCGACAAACUCAACCAAGUCCCAGACCAACCCAUCCGGUGCCCGCCUCCUCGUCAGACCUCCGUCCGCCCACAUCAUACCCUCAGAUCAGUCCAGAACAGGCAUUGACACCGCCUCAACAAUCCUCUCGUCGAAGAAGGGCAUCUAAUGAGAGUGGCAGGAGCGAAGCCUCUACAGCAAGGAGUUCUCGGAUAGCCCAAGUCCCGGUCACCCGAAUUGCAUCCAACAAUAGGUCUGCGACAGAUCUGUCCAACAGACCACAGUCAUCGUCUUUUUCUUCAGAUCGCCCCAGACAGCCGCCCAGCACCGAGAGAUCCAACACCGACCCACAAAGAUCACCACGGGCCUCUGAUGUCUGGAGAGCUGGUGGGGGCCAGGUGGCCAGUCCUCCUGAAUUCGCCAACCCCAUUGCAUCUGCAGCCCCGGUCGAAUCGCCCCGAACCAUUUCAACUGGUCCCAGUAACGCGCCCAUUCCUGUGGUGCCACUCAUCACUUCUGAUCCGGGGGCCUCUGCCCCAGAACCCGCUAUUCAUCCCGUCCUGAUGACCACAUUUGAUGAGCCGACCAUCUCCUGCGCUCGUUGUAACCGGACCGACAUCCAGUACGAGAUACAUAAGCAUUGCGCCCCGUGCAAUCUGGAUCUUUGUUUGAGAUGCUACAAGAGUGGUCGUGGGUGUAAUCACUGGUUUGGAUUUGGUCACGCAGCAAUGCUCAAAUUUGAAGCUUCACAUCCACGCAGCAACCAACAGCUUGAACUCCCCCAUCUCUUGAUUGGUAGGCAGUACCGCAAGCCGCCGUCAAAUUCGAGACAGGGCACGAGGGCGAGCAUCCUUCUCACCACCUCUGACCCAGCUUCGCGCCUCGCGGAAGGCAACUUCUGCGAUCGUUGUGGUCGUUUUGCUAAUGCCUGCUUCUGGUCCUGUGACUACUGUAACGAUGGCGAGUGGGGAUUUUGCAACGAUUGUGUCAAUACCCAGCAUUGCUGCACCCAUCCACUGUUACCCGUCGCCCACAAAUCAUAUGACCCUCGAUCUGCUAGUCAUCGUCAAGGAGCCAUCAUCCAGUCGGGUUCAGUCACUCUCAGUCCUUACCGCCGUGGUGGCAGGGAUUCGUCACCAGCCCAUAGUUUACCAUCGAGCGCCGCAUCCGCAAAUGGGACAUCUCCAGGACCCCGAGCCGACUUCAUCCCACUCAUCAUGACCACCAAUUGCGACAUCUGCUCCCGCCCCAUCGCGCCCGAAGAGAUGCGAUAUCAUUGCCCCAGCCACCCAACACCAUCACCAGACAGCAAUGAUCAAGUCGGCGAUUUCGACAUCUGUAGUGACUGCUACCACGGACAUGUCAAGACCGGUCGCAUUCCACCAGAAGAUGGCCCUGAUGGCUGGCGCUUGUGCCCUGCUGGCCACCGUAUGGUCUCCAUAACCUUUGAUCCCGAUCGAGAUGGUGGCCAGAGGAGAACCGUCAUCUGUGAUCUGGUCGGGGGCACAAAGUUGUCAAAGGAAGACAUGAUCUCCUGGCGGCAGAGAAGCACGCGUACAGGGGGUGCGGCUCCUUCGAUCCCAAUCUCUCUUCUGGACCAAGGGCAAUGGUCUUGGCGUGAAGAUCCAAGUGGCACCAAACGUGCGACCAGAUCCCGUUCGUCGACAGUACCGGAUGCCUCCGCUACCAAAUUCCCGCCUGACGGAGGCCCGGGCAAAGUCUGUCGUGCUCUGUGGAGCUAUUAUCCAGAAGACGGCGAAGAUGGCCAUGGCGAGCUCAUGUUUCCCAAACACGCCGAAGUCCGGGAAACGGAGGAAGUCAAUGAAGAUUGGUGGUAUGGCGUCUAUGCGGGAGAUGUGGGCGUCUUCCCAAGCGUCUAUGUCAGAGAAGUGUCUUAGAAUAUUCGCAAUGGUUUAGAACAUGUGUUGGUCUCCUUGGCAUACGAAUCAUGUACCAGGAACGAGUUACGCCAAAGCAUGCAUGAAGCCGCACGUUGAAUGAAGAGAUGACCAAGUGAUGAGAAUGAGCACAGCACCAAGACCUUCAUAUCCAAUCGUUGAUUUAAUUGAUCAAGUAUAUUAUCAAUUCUGUAAUUGAAUGGCAUUAGGACACAUUGAUACCAAAAGAUUGCAUUUGCAACCAAGGCACUUACAGUCACACCAAGAUUAGAAACGAAAUGCCAUGUUUGACUCCGAACCCCCCAGCUCCUUCAUUUAUUAGCUAGGUAUGUUGACUACGCGGCAUGGAGAUAAACAUCUA